CCGCUCACCUUCAGGUUUCGCUACAUUUAAAAGGAGCAGCAGCUCACAGUGAGGCUGAGGAUCUGCUGCCCAGUACACAGGGAUCUGUGGAAAAUGUCUGGACACCACGGGGGACACUGUGGAAGAGGAGGCCAUGGCCAUGGUGGUCAUGGCCAUGGUGGUCAUGGACAUGGUCACGGUCAUGGACAUGGACAAUGUGGUCACGGUCAUGGACAUGGACAAGGACAAUGUGGUCAAGGCCAUGGACAUGGACAAAGUGGAUGCCAUGGAGUGAAGCGCAGGUGCAAGCCCAAGCGUGGACGCAAGCAUAUCAAAUGUCACAAGAAGGGAAAGGAAUGUCACGGGUCCUCCAGCAGCUCCUGCAGCAGCAGCGACUCCAGCAGCAGCGACUCUGACUAGAUGAACGUUCCUGGGCAGGAGAAAAACAACACAAGUUACCACCUGCAAAUCUUCAAUUUGAAAAGUUAUUUGUAACUCAUAAGCAUUUAUAUUCAUCUCACAAACGUCAACAAGCUUUUGUCAAAACUGACUUGUUCACUGAUUGUAAGGAUUUUUAUCAAACUAAAUAAUAAAGUGAAAUCAGAGCUUGGAA